GUGAUCUCUGCAUUGCCCAGUCAUUGAAAAUCCCUCAGGAUCGCAAAAACAAGACCUACGAAUUUGAUAAAAUUAUCAAGCUGCUUCUAGAUACACCCAGAGCCAGGGCUAUCAUUGUCUUUGCCUACGAUGAGGAUAUAAAACAAAUCCUUGCAGCAGCAAAAAGGGCUGAUCAAGUUGGUCAUUUUCUGUGGGUGGCUUCAGACACUUGGGGUUCCAAAAUGACUCCAGUAAUUCAACAAGAAGAUGUUGCAGAGGGAGCAAUCACCAUCCUGCCUAAGCGGGCAACCAUUGAAGGAUUUGAUACCUAUUUUACGUCCCGCACAUUGGAAAACAAUAGAAGAAAUGUAUGGUUUGCAGAAUAUUGGGAAGAAAACUUCAAUUGCAAGUUAACAAUUAGUGGGUCAAAAAAGGAAGACACUGAUCGUAAAUGCACUGGGCAGGAAAGGAUCGGAAAAGACUCUCACUAUGAACAGGAGGGUCGAGUGCAGUUUGUGAUCGAUGCUGUUUAUGCCUUGGCUCAUGCCCUCCAUCAGAUGAACAAGGAUCUGUGCAGUGAUUAUUCUGGGAUCUGCCCAGAGAUGGAACAUGCAGGGGGCAAGAAACUACUGAGAUAUAUACGCAGUGUUAACUUCAAUGGUAGUGCUGGCACUCCAGUGAUGUUUAAUAAGAAUGGUGAUGCACCAGGACGUUAUGACAUCUUUCAAUAUCAAACCACAAAUACCUCCUUGCCAGGCUACCAUCUGAUAGGCCAAUGGACAGAUGACCUACAGCUCAAUGUAGGUCCCCUUUAUUUUCUUCUUUGAUUGAUGUUACAGUAAGAAGUAUGCUAAUUUUUUUGCCAAAUACAUGUUGAAUAUGUCUCUAUUAUUUUGUAUAAGUUUCUUUUUGGAUAAUGAGAGAAAUCUCACAUGAAUGAAAGCCUUGUAUAUUGUAUGUUCCCAUUAUGUGCUUGGAACUUAUGGUGAUUCUUGUGAAGUGUUACAAUCUUGGGGUUGGGAAGAAUCCAAAAUGAUUCCAGCAAGUAGACUUACAUAGUAUAAGUUUACCAAUUGUCUGUAUUUUCCUUAUUUGUAGAAUUAAAUCAGAAUGUUCCAUUCAGUAAAAAUGCAGUAUGUAUUAUAGAUUCCAUUAUAUAAUUUCCCCCUGCAAAGAACUCCCUGAUUAAUAACUCUGAGUCUGUCUGCCUGUCUAAUAAUAUGAAAAGAUUUACAGCGGUGUAUGAUUUUUCAAAGUAUGUUUGAAACAAUAUGGUUGAUAUCUCAUUUGGAAGGGCCAUUAAUUGUAUGGCAAAUAAACAUGAUAGGAAACUUAAUUGCUUGGACACACACAGACAAAAUUCUUCAUGUAAUAGAACUAAUGACUGGAGAAAAAGAGUUGAUACUGAAAUUUUGUUGCAACUGCAUUAGCUGAAAAAAUCUGAAAUCUUCUGUUAAUAUUGACAUCUCAAUUGCCAUAAUUUCCUCAAUAUUAUCUUAUCCUAAACAUAAUAUACUAAAUGUAUGAAAAUAUGUUGAGUCAAGUGAAAAAAGGAUUGAUUUAAUAAAUCAUUAGUUCUUCCGAUUACACACACACACACAUACGUACGUGCGUGUGUGUCUAUGUGUAUGGCAGGAGUAGUGUCAGAGAAAAAAGGUAUGUAUGGUUGUGAAAGUUGGACCAUAAGAAAG